GAGAAGGUAACACAGAUACAGCACAGAGCUAACCGGAACGCUGCUGGAACUCAAGCAAGGGCUAUAUAGGGAGGUUUGCUGGAUACAAAAAGGCAACGCAGAAGAAUUAAAGGGGAAAUCUGCAAGGAUUUUGAACUGCAUAUGAAACAAUGUAAUGCCUAACCCGGUGUUGCACGUAGUUAUGUGAUCAUCUUGGCACAAACUUAAAGAGCAGCAAAUGAAUUUGGAAUGUUAGCCAUUUUGUAAAAGCACUAUGUAAAACACUUGUUUUUAGAUAUUUUCGCCACGUACAGUACUGUCAUUUGCAUGCAGGUCAUGUAACUGGAUUGACCGAGUUAGUCUGACUGGGGAACUACAGUACCUGACAGUGGACUGUGCAGAUAACUGCAUGCCCAGGUAAGCAGAAUGGGAGGGAAUUUGGGGUGCCACCGCUCGAUCCCUAAGGAUCCGACUGACUUCUCUCAGAACAAACGCAAGUUCAGCGCGGCGUGCAACUUCAGCCACAUUUUGGUUAACCAAGAGAGACUGAACAUCAACACUGCCACGGAAGAGGAGCUGAUGACACUGCCCGGGGUGAAUCGCUCCGUGGCGCAGAACAUAGUGGAGUACCGCGAGUGUAUAGGGGGCUUUAAGAAAGUUGAGGACCUGGCUUUGGUGAGCGGGGUCGGUGCUGCCAAACUGGAGGCGAUCAAGCUUGAGAUAUGCGUUAGCAACAGGAUCGGCUCCUCGCAACAUUCUCCCACCUCGCUGCGUAAGGACUAUGAGCACCAGACGGGCACCGGCAUCAACAUCAACACAGCCACGCCAGCCCAGCUCAUGAGCAUCCGCGGCAUCACUGAGAAAAUCGCUAAAAACAUCGUUGCCUACCGGAAUGAGCACGGACCUUUCAAAAGCAUAGAGGACCUGGUUAAAGUCAGUCACAUCAACUCCUCCCUUCUGGAUAAAGUCAGGUUCCAGAUUUUCGCCGAGCGCUCCAGAACGCCCUCCACUAAUACCAACGGUGGUCUGACGUAUACCGGCAAAGCGCAUCCCAGUCCAACUUCUCUGAGCCUUCAGAGCGAGGACCUCGAUCUCCCACCCGGAGGCCCGACGCAGAUCAUCGCAGUACGGCCUAAUGUGGAAGCUUUCUCGGGAGUGCGUGAUGGCAAACCGGUCUUCAGGCUUGCCACCUGGAAUUUGCAGUGGUGCUCCGCUGAGAAAGCGAACAACCCCGGAGUGAGGGAGGUUGUGUGCAUGACUCUGCUGGAGAACGGCAUCAAGAUCCUGGCAGUUCAGGAUCUGGCUGACAGAGAUGCGUUGGAGAAGUUUUGUGCGGAGCUCAACCAGUCAACCCUGCCAAAUGUCCGGAAAUGGAAAGGCUCCAGGGGACUGUGGAAAUAUGUCGUCUCUGACAAGCCUGCUGGACAGUCAUACAAGGGGGCUGAGUUUGCCGGUUUCCUGUGGGACAGCAGUUGUGGAAUAGAGCUCAAGGAUGCAGCUUUACUGGAGAGCCCAGCAGUCAAUGGGAAUGGGAGACAGGCUCAUCCUAGACCAUACCUGGCUCAUUUCAGUGUCGGGGCAUCUGAGGUGACACUUGUGAAUAUCCAUUUGAAAGCACCGUUGAUGGAGGGAGAGGCCAAUGGGAAGAGCCAUUCUGAGAACCUCAAGUUUUCUUUUUUCACGGAGUCGGUACAAGAGAUACUGAAAGGAGAAAAGGACUUGGUUAUACUGGGUGAUUUCAGCCUGCCUCCAGACAGCAGUGAUUUCGACAUGUUAAAGAAGGAGAAGCUCUCUCCACUCAUACCUGCAAGCACUUUCACCAACAUCAGCACCAGGAACCCACAAGGGUCCAACUGCUUGGACAACAUUUGGGUUAGCCGCUCGCUCAAGAAGAUUUGCACAGGUCACUGGGCUGUCGUGAGGGAAGGUCUCACUAAUCCCUGGAUCCCAGAUAACUGGUCCUGGGGUGGUGUAGCUUCAGAUCACUGCCCUGUGAUCGCAGAGUUUUAUGCUGACAUCCAUCAAAAGGAGCUCAUUCGCAACGGAAACAGAGUUGCUGUGGUGGAACGUGGUGAAAUUAUUCCCAAACAUGAACGAUGACAGCUCCAGGACUCUCAAUCCGAGAAAGCAUUAAAAAAAAACAUGUUCUUGUCAGAGUUCUGUUCAUGGUGGAACGAAUGAAUGUUAGCAGUGAAUGUGAAAAACACCAUGUUUGCCUUUUUUUUUCCAGCGAGGUUUUGUGCUUCAGAGACCCAAUAGAUUUAGUUUACGGUUUGGAGAAUGGACAAUGGAUUGAUACUGAGCCAAAUUAAUUACAUGAAAAAAAUAAGAAUUUGACAUAUCAAAAACAUUUUUCUUGGGCCAUAUGCACUUUUUUCUGCAAGGAAUUAAUCUCCUUCAUCUCGGAGCAAUUAAAGGACAUUUUAAAGUCGAAUUCAGACUUGUUUCAGUGUCUGGGAAUGAUAACACUCUUGUUGAGAGGACUUGGAUUUGUGGAUUUGAAAAUAAUGUUUCAAAUGUUCAGGCCCUGAUGUUGUACGAUUUUCUAUUAUGUAUUUAAAAUAUCCUUGUCUAGGGGAAAAAAAAUCAACAUUUCUCUUCUGUUUUUAUCCAUUGAUCUUGCUUUCCAGCAAAAAUAUACUUAUAUGUAUUCACUUUUUUUUACAUUUUCAGAUUUUAAAACAUAUCACAUAAUUGGCAAGCAAGAAGCACGGUGUCUUGAUUUUUCUUUUCACUUAAGCUCUUAGUUAAAUAAUUAAACUUGGUAUGUGCCUAACUGUAGCUAUUUAACCCUCUGUCCAGGUCUUAAGCUACUGACAAAGAGACCCAUAAAGUCUCCUGUAGGCUGGAUUUGUACUUUAGAAUAAAUUUGUUCUUGUGGCUUAAAUACAUGAAAAGAAACUAUUCAGAAGGAUUCAAAAGAAUGUUGAGCCUUAUUCUACAGGAAUACAGCAGCAAAUACCUUUCAUAAUCAAUAUUAAAAAUAAUUGAGGGUGUUCUGUACAAAUGUACACAGCAAUUCACGAGCCUCAUUGUUUUAGCUAUAGAUGACCAAAAUACUAAUGUUGUUGAGAAUUGAGUGAUCUGGUGAAAAGCUUCUUGGACUACUGACAUUUCAGUUUUUAAGAUACACUAUUAAUAAAUGAAUUGACAAUAAGUUCUAAGAAAGAAACUUGUUUUAGUAACAUUUUUAGCAGGACACCCUUUUGUUAUGACAUCCAGAGUAGCACUGCUAGACACAGACCUUGCGUGUUAGAACCAGUCUGUAUCCUGUACGUACUGUAACAGCAAUAUUUAUGUUCGAGUUGAUAAGAGUUCAGAACUGCAGACAUUUCAGCUUUUGUCAGUGAUGCAUAUGAAGUGAGUAAAAAAGUAAGGUUGAUGUUUACAGCAAACUUCAAACUGUUCCUUACAGAGAAGUGAGCAAGACUAAAUGAUGAAGCACAGAUAUGGUCACUUUAUAGUUUCUCAGUAAGCUGCUGCAAUGUUCACAUUUUUACACUAAUUUCAAUAGUUAGGAUUAUAGUACAUACUUGUCCCAUGUAGCUGUUUUAGCAUUUCAGCACCUCAGAGCUAGGAAAAGGCACAUUCUGUAAUGUGCUGUUUCACACUGUAUUUAAGAAUACUCGUUAAGGAACUGUACGUAAGAUGAACAUUCACAGCUGAAAUUAACAGGAGCCAGAUAUAAAAUGUGUUAAUUUCACAAUAAUGUUUAUGUAGAUUAUUUUAAAAAUCAUUUGUUUUUAUUUAGAACAUUAUAUUGACCGUUAUAUGUUGUUCCAUCAAAGAUUAUUUAAUUUAGUUGGGUUUUAUAGCAGCAAAUCCAUUGUAAAUAUUUUCUUAAUUUAUUUAACCUUAAACCAGCCUUCCUUUUUCAUUGAAUUCUAAGCCUAACACAGACCAAUUCUGCUACAUUACGAGCAACUCUUCUGUCAAAGAAAAGGAAAACAACAUGAAAUAAAAUGAAAGAUGUUUUAGUUGUGAUUUGGUCUUGGAAUAUAUCCUGACUUUGGCAAUGAGAUGAGACAGUUUCUGUGGUAACUGCAGCAAGUGACAUCCAGAUGAGUUUCUAAAAUAUGCUGUUUGUUGACAUGGACAUUGUAUUAUAAACUGCUCAAUGGUAGUGUUAAAAGAGUAACACAUAAGCACUAGACAGAAAGUAUACAUACUGUAGAUGGGAUCAGCACAUGUAAAUAUCUUAGGUCAGGGUGCCUUAUAAAAAAAAGCCAUGGAUUUCUAUAUGUAAUUGGCAGUUUUUUAAUAGCUUCUUAGAGUAUCUCUUGAGCCAUUUCAUAUGGCCUUUUCCCUACAAUCUUGUUAAAAUAUUCUAAAGGUUAAAGGACAUCAUGCAGGAAAAUCACUUAGGCCUGCUAUGUACAGUACUGGAUCAACUAAACUCCUGAAAUUAAUUACUUAAAGCAAUACAAAGGUCCAUUGUGUAGGUGCUGUGGGAAGUAACUAUGGAUAUUGAUAGAGAUACUUCAGCAUGUGAAAAUGUAUACUGUGUAUGACUGAAUUAAAAGCUCUUAAUGACCAAA